UGCAUGAGUCUGAAACACCAAUAAACGGAGACUGCAUGAGACUCGCCUCCAGCCUCAGUUGGUCCUUACGUACGUGCGUGCGCCCGCCCGGGAAGCCCGCGUACUGCCUCUUUUCCGGCAGAACCUACUAGGUGGUUUGCGCAUGCGCCGCCCCUGUGGCCAUCUUUACUGUGGCCGAAGCCUAUCAUUCCCGAGCCCCUACCUGCGCAUGUGCAAGCCUUUCCUUGCCUUCCUCUUCCAAGUAGCUUAGACUAAAGCGGAGCCUCCCGCGCCAUCUCUGUGCGCCUGCGUACUGUGACCCUGCGCAGCCCGGGAGGCGGGUCUUAGCUCCAGGUGCGUACGGCAGCUGGGGAGGCGGAACUUCGAGGUGUGGGGAGAGAGUCCCGUAUCUAGCUGUAAAGAGGGGCGGUGUGAAGGCGAGAAGAUCGGGUCCGCCGCUCUCCGGCCCAGAAAGUGGUUUCUGCCGGUCGCUGGGAACAUCUGCGUACUCGAUCUCGACCCGUGGGGCGGGGUCCUUGGAGGGGACUGAACGCCCCCUCCUGGGAACGGUCGGUCUGGUCGCAGAGACUGCUGUUGGAGCUUGAUUGGUUAGAGAGACAGUCCCUAAACCCCUGGGGCGUCCACCCUUCGGGGGGCGGGGGACCCCCGGCUUAGUAUUCUCGCAUCUUCUAUCGUGGCAAGGCCCCUUCCCUAGUAGCAUAUGUCCCUUGUCCGGGGUCAUGGAGACAUUGCAGCCACCACGGCGGCGCCUCUGUCUGAAGAAGGGGAAGUGACCUCCGGCCUCCAGGCUCUGGCCGUGGAGGAUGCCGGAGGCCCCUCUGCUUCGGCCGAUAAAGCCGAGGAAGAGGGGGAAGGAGGUCGGGAGGAGGCUGAGCAUGAGGGGUCCGGGGCCGAGGAGGUGCCGGGAGAAGCCCCCAGCACUGAGGGGGAAGAGCAUACCAAGGGAGAAUCCGAGGACUGGUGCGUGCCCUGCAGCGAUGAGGAGGUGGAGCUGCCCGCGGAUGGGCAGUCCUGGAUGCCACCCCCCUCCGAAAUCCAACGGCUCUAUGAACUACUGGCUAUUCACGGUACCCUGGAGCUUCAGGCUGAGAUUCUGCCCCGCCGGCCCCCUACGCCUGAGGCCCAGAGUGAAGAGGAGAGAUCGGAUGAGGAGCCAGAGGCCAAAGAGGAGGAAGAGGAAAAACCACAUAUGCCCACAGAAUUCGACUUUGAUGAUGAGCCAAUGACACCAAAGGACUCCCUAAUUGACCGGAGACGCACCCCAGGAAGCUCAGCUAGGAGCCAGAAACGGGAGGCCCGCCUGGACAAGGUCCUCUCAGACAUGAAGCGACACAAGAAGCUGGAGGAGCAGAUCCUUCGUACUGGCAGGGACCUCUUCAGCCUGGACUCGGAGGACGCCAGCCCUGCCAGCCCCCCACUCCGGUCCUCAGGAAGUAGUCUCUUCCCUCGGCAGCGGAAGUACUGAGCACUGCUGCCUUCAGGGUGCAGAGUCUUUACCUGCUGGGGCCUUGGCCCUCCUUCCCUAACCCAGGGCGCUGGGAAACUUGGGAAGAGGAGAGACACUCCAAGCUCCCAGCCCAGCACCUGGCCCGAGAGAGGACAUACGUGUGUGUGUUUCUGUUUUCUAUUGAACAUCAGCUUGGAGACCUGGGCUGAAUUGUCUGAAUUUAAAAUAAAAAAAAUACCAAGUUAUCCUCUCUUAGAGGAGGAGCUGCA